ACCAAAGGGACUGGGAGUGUGGCUCAGGAGGUGGAGCACCCUCAUGAGCCAGAGGCCCUGAGUUCAGACCCUCAUAUUCCCCAGCACCUCCCUGGGGGCCAUUUCUGCUCUCCAGCCACCCACCCUUGCACUAGGCCAGCCUCCAUCUCGAGAGCUCCACUGGUCACCAUGCCCACACAACCACAAGGGAGCAGAUCUUCACGAGUGGCUCUGCAUCCUGCGUGUUCUUUGAGGCAGGGUGGCCAGGCGCCAGGGGCCUGCAUAGGCAGGCAGGGCAGAGCUCCCCAGAGCCUGGGGCAGGUGGGUGGGCGGAUUAGCUCCUAAGCUCUCUGAGCCUCCCGGCUGGCCAGGCUACCAUGGUGUCCCUGUUCUCUGGGAGCAUCCUGGUGCGCAACAACAGUGACCAGGACACGCUGGACACCGAGGCGGAGCUGUGCCGCAGGCUGGAGAACCGGCUGCUGCUGCUGUUCUUUGGCGCGGCUGGCUGCCCGCGGUGCCAGGCCUUCGCCCCGGUGCUGCGGGAUUUCUUCGUGCGGCUCACCGACGAGUUCUACGUGCUGCGUGCCGCCCAACUGGCGCUGGUGUACGUGUCCCAGGACCCCACGGAGGAGCAGCAGGACCAGUUCCUCAAGGACAUGCCCGACAAGUGGCUCUUCCUGCCCUUUGAGGAUGGCCUGAGGAGGGAGCUCGGGCGCCGGUUCUCCGUGCAGUGCCUGCCGGCCGUGGUGGUGCUGAAGCCGGGCGGGGACGUGCUCACGCGGGACGCAGCCGACGAGAUCCAGCGCCUGGGCCCCGCCUGCUUCGCCAACUGGCAGGAGGCGGCCGAGGUGCUGGACCGCAGCUUCCUGAUGGCCGAGGACCUGGAGGACCCGGUGCCGCGGAGCUUCACCGAGCCGCUGCGCCGCCGCAAGACCCCAGCCAGCCAGCGGGGUCUCCCACGAAUCCCCAAGUGA